AUGUUACCAUUUGUUCCUUCAACAUUGGAUCUUGUUCGGCUCAAUACUAAAUGGCAAGAACAACUGAAAAUCGAAAGAGAACGAGUUAGACGAAAUUUAAUCACUGGUAAAAAUUAUAGAACAGAUAACAACUCAAAUAAUGACGAUAUGGAAGAUACAGUUGUAACACUGAUAAAUUCAACUAGUUCAAAUAUAGACAUGUCUCAUAAUUAUAACUCGAUUCUUCCAGUUGCGUCAGUAAUAAGUACAACAUACUGUAAUCAAAAGACCAUUGUUGAUCAAUAUACACUAAACAGAGAGCAAAGAGCUGCAUUUAUGAUAAUAACAAAUCAUCUGGAUGGUGACAGACAGCCACAUGCAGGCAAUAAAAAUGGUCAACUCAUCAUGUGUAUACCAGGAUGUGGUGGUACAGGAAAAUCCCAACUUAUUCGUGCUAUUACUGAAUAUUUUGUUAUUACAAACAGAAUACAAAAGAUGCGAAAGCUAGCACCCACUGGAAUUGCAGCCGUUGAAAUUGGUGGUAUGACUAUCCAUUCAUUUUUAGACGAACAACGCAAUUCUGGAAAGCCAAGAACUAUUAAACCAGGUGACUUAAAACUUGAAAAAGAGUGGACACUUGUAGAAUAUCUCUGGAUUGAUGAAAUCAGUAUGGUUGGUUUGACUUUAUUGGGAAAACUCAACCGAAUUCUUUGUGCCGCUAAACAUGUCGAUUCGUUUACGAUGCCCCAUUAUACACUGACUUUUCCUCAGAAAACAAAACGAAAUUUAAUAAAUUACCUUCUGAAAAAGAAAUCCAACAACGUGUUACCCGUUCGUUAA